AUGCACCAGCAGGCUCUGCGAUCGGCUGGCAGCCGUAUAAAGCCAGACGUUGUCGCCAUCAAGACGUGCAUCCGAAACUUUUCCACCACGCAAUUGCGCGCCGCGAAUGAGCCUUCCUCCGACAACAAGAACAAUGGGACCGCUGCCCGUUCCCCGCGAGCCCCCUUAUCGACCGGACGAGAACGAUCCCGCGCCGCGGCCAGCGAGAUCGGUCAGCUUCUGAGAGGCGGGCCUAGGGCAGGCGGAGCAAACAACGCCGGCGUCGGUGCAACUGCUGCGAAGCCCAACCUCAUCGACAUCAAGACCCUGCCUAACCGCGAAGGCUCCGGCGGAACCAACUUUGUGAAGCUGCCUCAGGGCUUCGGGCGCGGCGGUCGCGGGGCCUUCGCCGGUGGCCGUGGACGCGAUCUUCCCUCCGGGUUCUCUGCCGGAGGAACUGGCCGGGGCGGGUUUACCGGCGGGCGUGGACGAGGCGGUUUCGGGGCACGCGGGGGAGGCCGUGGAGGAGGUCGUGGAGGAGGCCGCGGAGGACGUAGUGGUCGGGGAGGACGCGGGGGCCGCGGGGGCCGCCGCGGGAGGGACGGCGAGGAUGGCGCCACGGAAGGGGCUAGGGGCCACGAUUUGGGCAAGGAGUUGGAGAGCUUCUUCCGCCCCGAGACGGCCGAGGAGCACGCCUUCAUCCGAGCGCGCGAGCAGGGGUUCUUGCCCGAGGCGUUCAACCCCUCCGUCAGCGUCGAAGAACUGCUAGGGUUCGCGCCCUCUAUGCCGAUUUCCAGCUCAGCUUCGGGCGUCGCCGCACCCAGCGCCGUCAUGGACACCCUCCGCGAGGUUGGGGGCGGGAAGCACUACGCCCCCGAUUACUGGUCCGACACGCAACACACGGCGACGGAGCUCGUGUUCCGCGGCCAGGGAACUUACUUCUUCAGCGACCUCGCCGAGAAGGAAAACUUCGUCAGGGACGUGCGCACGACGCCCGAGGACACGGCGAGCGCGGAAGUCAAGGCGUUGAAGGCGGUGAAGCUCGAGGAAGGCGCGGGCGCGGCCGUUAGGGAGUACAUCAUCGAACGCAUCGUCAAGGGACAGCACACGCCUGCCAAGUUUGUGGAGCAGGCCGGCCGGGACCCGAUCAGCAGGGCGAGGGAGUCGCAUCUUCUCAACGCGACGUACCGUGCGAGCGACGGGCGGAAGUUUGACGACAAGAUUGCGUCGCUGGUGGCCAGGAAGAAUCCUGCCGCCGGAAGCAAGACCGCGACGGCUUAA